CACCCACCCACCCACCAUGAGGGCAGCUGAUUAACUCCUGGUCCACGGACUCCCCUCUUCUUGUUACUCCUCGCCAAGGAGGAGGACCGCCGUGCAUUCAGACACAGGGCAAAAAACAGAUCGCCGCCAUGUCUGUCUCGCACAGUUCCAGGCUCAACAAGGGCGUCAGGGACCAGUACAUGAAGCUGCCCCAGGGAAACCAGGUGCAGGUGACGUAUAUCUGGAUUGAUGGCACGGGCGAGGGUCUUCGCUGCAAAACCAAGACCAUGGACCAUGAACCCAAGUGUGUGGAAGAACUCUCGGAAUGGAACUUCGACGGCUCCAGCACCGGCCAAGCCGAAGGCUCCAACAGCGACAUGUUCUUGAUCCCGGUCAAGAUGUUUCGGGACCCCUUCUCCCUGGACCCAAACAAGCUGGUGAUGUGUGAGGUCCUGAAGUACAACCGGAAGCCUACAGAAACCAACUGGCGGCACAGCUGCAAGCAAGUCAUGGAAAUGGUGAAAGACAUCCACCCUUGGUUUGGCAUGGAGCAGGAAUACACCUUGCUGGGCAUUGAUGGGCACCCAUACGGCUGGCCCGAAAAUGGGUUUCCGGGACCACAAGGACCGUAUUAUUGCGGGGUUGGCGCCGACAAAGUCUACGGGCGUGACAUUGUGGAAUCCCACUACAAGGCCUGCCUUUAUGCCGGCGUGAACAUCGGGGGGACCAACGCCGAAGUGAUGCCUUCGCAGUGGGAAUUCCAGAUCGGGCCCUGCGAGGGGAUCGAAAUGGGCGACCACCUCUGGGUAGCCAGGUUCAUCCUGCACCGGGUGUGCGAAGAUUUCGGCGUGGUCGCCACCUUGGACCCCAAACCCAUGACGGGCAACUGGAACGGGGCGGGCUGCCACACGAACUGCAGCACGGACGAGACGAGGCGGCCGGGCGGUCUCAAGGCCAUCGAGGCGGCGAUCGAGAAGCUGAGUAAACGCCACGCCUACCACAUCCGGGUCUACGACCCCCGCGGCGGCCAGGACAACAGCCGGCGGCUGACAGGCCACCACGAGACCUCCAGCAUCACGGAGUUCUCGGCCGGCGUGGCCAACCGCGGGGCCAGUAUCCGGAUUCCCCGCCAAGUCGGCCAGGACGGCUUUGGCUACUACGAAGACCGCCGUCCCUCGGCCAACUGCGACCCGUACGCCGUCACGGAGGCCAUCAUGAGGACCACGGUCCUCAACGAGACGGGCGAAGAGCCCAAAGAGUACAGCCCAUCGGAAGAAUCGCGGAUGGUGCGGGCCGUGGUCGAAGACUGACCUCUUUCCGCAACCCCUCGUAUCGUGUGUGUGUCGUACCAGUCAGUAAACUUGCACCGUCUCCCCAACCUCGUAUUCCGACAUCUUGCCUUUAGGAAGAUGCUCUAUAUUUUUUAGGGGGGGGAAGAGAGAUUAUUUUCCUAGCGGACUUUACUGGUUUCUGGUCUUUUUAAAAACUACAACACAAAACCGUUGUCAUGGGGUUUAUAGAAAUCGGCUUUCUGUUGUGGCUGGGGUGGGUGGGAGAAUCGACUCUUGUACCCAACAGGCAGAAAUUCUGUGUAGGAAUUGGGUCUUUGCUGCCUUACCUCUCUGUGGCGAGGAAACACAAAAGCGGAGAUCUUGGCUGCUUUGGGGCCAAGGUCUUGAAUAAAACGACUUUCAUAUUUCUCGA